GACAACACCUUCUCAUCUUUCCUGUUUUCCUUGAAACGCAAACAAGAGACAGCACUUCUUUACCCUAAAAAUGGCCGACCGCUUAACGCAGCUGCAGGAGGCUAUGGAUGAGCUCUAUACCAUGUUCAUAGCGGCUUUCUACUAUACUGAGCGACACCAUGACCUCAAGUCAUUUGGGCCGGGGGAUAAGAUUCCUGACUUAAAAGCGGAACAGCCCAAAGAAGUUGAGACCCUCGACCCCGAAACCUUCAAAGCCGGCCAGCUCGAGAUUGCACGCGAUCUCAUUACCAAGGAACAACAGAUAGAGUACCUCAUCUCAACACUUCCCGGGCUAGACAACAGUGAGCGCGACCAGCUUCAGAUGAUCCGGGAUCUGGAAGAGGAGAUUGCGGCAGCCGAGGCGCAAAGAUUGGAGGCGGUCAAAGAAAGAGACGAGGUGCUCAAGAGGCUAGACGGGCUUGUUUUGAGCAUCCGGAGGCCUACCUGAUCUAGGUUAGGGGAUGGUUAACUUGGGCGUUUGGAGUGCGGUGUUGAAUUGCAUCGGUAGGGCGGGCAGCAUUACGGUCAUACUUAUAUGAGGUUUUACAGCGCGGCGUUGGUUUGGCUUCCUGGAAACUUUGGUGGGCCUGGUUUAAGACGGUAUCGAUGGCCUGGUGUGUCAUCAUGCCUGUAUUUCAUCCGGCAUCUAUAUGAUCUGUGGCAGCUGUCGUGGCCGUCACUUCUAAUCGUGUCUAUGCGAAUACAUCUAUGAGUGAUAGGUGAUUAUAUCUAUCCUUCAGCUCGUCUCGGGGCUGUCGGUCUUGAAGAACUGGGGGAACGUCGUCCGCAAGUCGUUCAGGUGUCGAAUCUGGUAUUUGCAGGCUGGAGUCUUGGGGGGUUGGAUGUCAUCCUCAACAAGGUGGGCCACCGUCCAGCCGAGCUCCUGUGCUUUUUUGCAGUUUUGGUAUGAGUCAUC